AGUCCCAGCCGAAAUUUGGUUGACAGCAUCGGCAAUCAACUCAGCAUUCCACGAAGUCAAUCACGAACUUGCUACCCGAUGGGUUAGAAGCCCAGACACACCAUGUUCUCUAACCUGGCGACAAAGGCCGCCCUGAAAAAGGUCGGUCUGCCCACCGACACCUUCGACUUCUCCUCCUGGACCGGCUCCGACAGCAGCAAGCCGUCCUGGAAGAAGAUAACCAAGUCCAAGCCGACAACAGCGACAGCAGCGACCGACAACGCCAACAACAACAGCAACACUUCCAAGGCCUGGCCCGACUGGAUGUCGGUGAAAUCGCUCCCGCUGACCGUCCAGCCGUGGCUUACACCACGCCCGCCGCCCAUUCCCGUCGCCGAGCCGCCGCGUGUAGGCGACAUGGCGCCGCUCGACCGUGACCGCCAGCUGGUCCUGGGGAACGGCAGGAAAACGCUAGUCGUCUUCCUCCGCUUCGUCGGCUGCGCCUGUACGUUUCAAUUUCACCCUCCUCGCCUUAUCCCUUCUCCCAGUCGUCCAUCCAUCCACUCGCCCUACAAUUUCGCCCCAGCAUAACCCCCUUUCCC